AUGAAAGAAAACAGGGUAAAUGUGACUGAAUUCAUUCUGAUGGGACUUACACAGAAUCCUCAGAUGCAGAAAAUUCUAGUGUUGGUGUUGUUUAUCACCUACAUGGCCACGGUCACAGGCAACUUGCUCAUUUUGGUCACCAUAAUCAGCAGCCAGACUUUGGAAUCCCCAAUGUAUUUCUUCCUGGCCUUCUUGUCUUUAAUAGAUGCAUGCUACUCCUCUUCCAUAAUCCCUAAAAUGUUAACUGACUUGCUCUCUGAGACAAAAACUAUCUCCUACAAUGGCUGCAUAAUACAGAUCUUCACUGAACAUUUCUUAGGUGGUUCUGAGAUUUUUCUCCUUGUGGUCAUGGCCUAUGACCGCUAUGUUGCCAUCUGUAGACCUCUGCACUAUGUGAGUAUCAUGAACCACCGUAUAUGCUACAUCUUGGUGGGAGUGUCUUGGACAGGGGGUUUUCUCCACUCUAUUGGACAGAUUCUCCUCACUUUCUGGCUUCCAUUCUGUGGCCCCAACAUCAUGGAUCACUUCAUGUGUGACAUCCUCCCCCUGAUUCAACUUGCUUGCACGGACACCUUCCUUGUUGGUCUCUUGCUUGCUGCCAAUGGUGGGGCAAUGUCUGUGAUCACUUUUGCAAUGUUGUUGAUAUCCUAUGUUGUCAUCCUAUAUUCCUUGAGGACUCACAGCUCUGCAGGGAGGAAAAAGGCUCUUUCUACAUGUGGGUCCCACAUCACUGUUGUUUUCAUGUUCUUUGUACCUUGUAUUCUUAUAUACUUGCGGCCAGUAGCCACCUACUCUAUGGACAAAGCCAUAACUGUAUUCUAUACACUUGUCACUCCUAUGUUAAAUCCUCUUAUCUACACGGUAAGGAAUGCAGAGGUAAAAAAUGCCCUCAGACUGUUAAUGAACAAGAAUGUAAUUUCAAUUAAUAAGUAACUCAAUAUGAGGAUUUUAUGUCUGUCAUGA